CAUUUCCCUGUCCAACUCUGCACUACUCAGUCUGGAUUCUGGAGCACAGCAAGCAAGACUGUAGUGUCAUCAUGGGGCUCACACACGACCCAAACUUCCACAAACUGCAAGACUGGUACACCGCUCAUGCUCUCAGCCUCAACAUGAGGCACUUGUUUGAGAGUGACAAAGAGAGAUUCAACAAGUUCAGCUUAACACUGAACACACAAGAUGGGGACAUUCUUCUUGAUUACUCUAAGAAUCUGAUCACAGAUGAAGUUAUGAAAAUGCUGAUUGAUCUGGGUCAGUCACGAGGAAUUGAAGCUGCUCGGGAGAAGAUGUUCACCGGUGAGAGGAUCAACUUCACAGAGGACCGUGCUGUGCUCCAUGUGGCUUUGAGGAACCGCAGCAACAAGCCCAUCAUGGUCGAUGGUAAAGAUGUGAUGCCAGAAGUGAACAAAGUUUUGGAGAAGAUGAAGGGCUUCUGUCAUAGAGUUCGUAGUGGACAGUGGAAAGGCUACACUGGAAAGACCAUCACAGAUGUUGUAAACAUUGGGAUUGGAGGAUCUGACCUUGGUCCACUCAUGGUAACUGAGGCUCUCAAGCCUUAUGCAAAAGAUGGUCCACGUGUGUGGUUUGUGUCCAACAUUGAUGGGACACAUAUUGCCAAAACGCUGGCUCAGCUCAAUCCGGAGACUACCCUUUUCAUCAUUGCAUCCAAGACAUUCACCACACAGGAGACCAUUACUAAUGCUGAAUCUGCAAAAGCAUGGUUCCUUGAACAUGCCAAAGACAAAGCUGCUGUUGCCAAGCACUUUGUGGCUCUGUCUACAAAUGCUCCCAAAGUGAAGGAUUUUGGCAUCGACACUGAAAACAUGUUUGAGUUCUGGGACUGGGUUGGUGGUCGUUUUUCUUUAUGGUCAGCAAUUGGUUUGUCCAUUGCUCUCCAUAUUGGUUUUGAAAACUUCGAGAAGCUUCUGUCGGGAGCUCACUGGAUGGAUAACCACUUCUGUACUGCUCCUCUCAGUAAGAAUGCCCCAGUACUUCUGGCUUUGCUGGGAAUUUGGUACAUCAACUUUUUCCAUGCUGAAACUCAUGCCAUGUUACCCUAUGACCAAUACAUGCACCGCUUCACUGCAUACUUCCAACAGGGAGACAUGGAGUCCAAUGGAAAGUACAUAACUAACCAUGGGGCUCGUGUCAACUACCACACUGGACCCAUAGUGUGGGGAGAGCCUGGUACCAAUGGACAGCAUGCCUUUUAUCAGCUUAUCCAUCAGGGAACACGCAUGGUGCCCUCUGACUUUUUGAUCCCAGCUCAAUCUCAGCACCCAAUCAGGAACAGCCUGCACCAUAAGAUCCUAUUGGCAAACUUCCUUGCCCAAACAGAGGCUCUGAUGAGAGGCAAAACCACUGAAGAGGCCAGGAAGGAGCUGGAGGCCAGUGGACUCAGUGGAGAAGAUUUGGAAAAGAUCUUACCACAUAAAGUAUUCCAGGGAAACCGACCAACAAAUUCAAUCAUUUUCAAAAAACUCACUCCGUACACCCUAGGAGCACUUAUAGCAUUGUAUGAGCACAAGAUCUUUGUUCAGGGUGUAAUGUGGGAGAUUAACAGCUUUGACCAGUGGGGUGUGCAGCUAGGCAAACAACUGGCUCAGAAGAUUGAACCUGAAUUGCAGGAUUCUAAAGAAGUCCAGUCUCAUGAUUCUUCCACCAACGGACUCAUCAACUUCCUCAAGAAAAACUUUGCAUAAACCUCAAACCUUUCCAACAAUGUUUUCAGCUCCACAAAGAAGGCAGCUGUUCCAUCAUACACAGUUUGCAACCACAUUGGCUUGCAUUUAAAUGUUUUUGUUUGCUGGUUUGCACUUUGAAUAACAGAGAGAAGAAAAUUCAAAUAGAA